AUGGAAAAAUGCUUUCGAGAGUUUAAGAUAGAAAGUUUGGAAGGCUGGAACGUGGAUACGUACUACGAUCUCUACACCAAAGUGUUUCAUCGAUAUGGUUUCUUACUUGGCUUGUGGCAAGCAGAAAUGCAUCCAUACGGCACAAUGAUACAUAUUCAGCAUGAAAAAGGAAAGUUGGUUGGAUCGGAAACGAUGGCGCCAUGUCCACCUCAUCUGCACAAGGCGAUGCGCAAAAAACUGAUGUUCACUGUGGAGUUAAACGAAGAAAAUAUAGUCGAAUCCUUUUGUCAUAUGGGACCAAACCGCUUGUCUCAUAAAUGCAAUAUUUUCCCCGAGGAUAAUAACAAGAAUCGGGUGUGCUUCCGAUGCUGUGUUGAAGCAGCCCACAGAAAUCCCGGUGGAAUGAGACGAGAGUUCGAACAGUUUAUGAUGGAUGAGAGUUGGGAGAUUGAAGAAGCCAUCUUCACAGGCAAGAUUGAACUCCUCCAAAAAUUUCGUGUUCUAAAGAAAUUCGAAGCCUGUUUCGAUUUGAAUCGCAUCAUUCUUCCUGUUGAUGAACCCGAUGCUGUUAUUAAACCUGGCCUUUACAAAGCAGACUAUGCCAUGUUUGGAUACGAAUUAAUUCUCGUUUUCUACACUGAUAACAAAAACAAGAUUAUCGGAAAAAAAGUGACGGGUGAUCCUCGUGUUCCUGCUGGCCAAAUUGCAUUUGAAGGAAAGAUGGAUGAACCAAUAUUUCUGUUAGGAGAGCACCAGGAAUCAUUGGCAAAUGUAGAAGAACGGGGACACGAUCCUAUACCGGAAGGGAUUCAUUACAAACUACUUCCGGAGCAGGAUUUUUUCCUACCGCAUGACUGUUCCUACGAAGGGAAAAUCCCCUCUUCUUGUUCAUUCAGAUUCCACGCCAUGAUGAAUAUUUCUCCAGCUAAUGUGAACACGGCGUUCUUUCUUCCCAGCCAUCUGAUUGUCUUCAACCGAAAGUCGUUCGCACUUCUCGCCUUUCAAGCUGAAACGCUUUUCACCUUUCUGCCGAUUGUGGUAUUGUUGAACACCAAGACAAGCCUAUUUUUUAAAGAUUACAAUUUCAAUUAUUGGCUUCAACGACUGAGAAUUUCCCCCCAUAAAGCAGACGUGGCUCGAUUAGAAAUUAUUCUCAAAUAUGGUGGAAUCUAUUUUGAUUACGAUGAAAUUGCUCUGAGGAGUUUCGACCCGCUUCUUAAUCACAGUGUCGUUCUCGGCCAAGAGACAGUGGGCUGUUCACUCGACAAUGGUCCCAUUCAAACUUUCACAGUUGCUAGCACAUUUGGUGUUUAUCGUACCAACAUUUUUUAA